UCCCACCUCCGUUCACUAUACAGAGAACUAUGCAUCUAGGCUUUUGAUCCAAGCUUUCUUAACCCUCCACUCGGAUCUCAAUCUGCAAAGCUACAGUAAACUUUUUUUUCUCUCUCUCUCUCUCUCCAGUCGGAUCGCUUUGUCAAUAGCCACAUACCAACUCGAUCGAAUUGGUGUUUGUUGAUGGCUUCACCUGGAAAUCCAAAUCUACCAGGCGGAGGACAAUUUGAUGUGCACAAAUUCUUCAAACCCACAGCACCUGUUACCACCACAGCAACAAACCCUAAUCCCCAAAAUCUUAAUUCUUCUUCACUAUUCCCUCCCACUUCUUAUCCUCAAUCCCCUUCUGCUUCUUAUCCUCCACCAACCGGUGGCCCAUACUCUUACCCUCAUCAACCCUCACCGUUUCACCACCAGCAGUACCUCCAUAUCCCUCAAUACCCUCCACAACUUGAUAAUCAGUUUGCUAACCUGCACCACCAGAGAUCUAUAUCAUUUCCUACACCCCCUAUUCAACCCCAGUUCGCUAAUCCUCAAAGCCCCGACCCUAAAAGUAACCUUAACCCUGGUGCCACUCUAAUGGCUUUGUUAAGUGCUCCACCUUCCACUUUUGAAAUUAUUCAACAACCCACCAUGCCCGUUUCUCCAAUUCAGCCUUCCUCUUCUGGUGGUUCUGAUUUUUUAGUGCCGCAAACUGUCCCCAUAUUGCCUUCGGGGCCAAAUGUUAAUGCUGCACACUCUGCUCCGAUGCGUAUGCCAAGCAGUAAGCUUCCGAAGGGACGGCAUUUAGUUGGCGGCCAUGUUGUAUAUGAUAUAGAUGCUAGGUUGCCGGGUGAGAUUCAGCCUCAACUUGAGGUUACUCCCAUCACCAAGUAUGGUUCGGAUCCUGGCCUUGUUGUGGGCCGUCAAAUUGCUGUCAAUAAGACUUACAUAUGCUAUGGGCUGAAAUUGGGAGCUAUUCGAGUGCUUAAUAUAAACACUGCAUUGCGAUCACUGCUUAAAGGGCUUUCUCAGAAGGUAACAGACAUGGCUUUCUUUGCUGAGGAUGUUCACCUUUUGGCCAGUGCAAGUGUUGAUGGGCGGGUUUAUGUAUGGAAGAUUGCUGAAGGUCCAGAUGAAGAAGAUAAGCCACAAAUUACAGGAAAGGUUGUCAUCGCAAUUCAGAUAGUAGGGGAAGCAGAAUCUGCUCAUCCACGAGUUUGUUGGCAUUGUCAUAAACAAGAAGUCCUGGUAGUUGGUGUUGGAAAGCUUGUUCUGAGGAUUGAUACCACAAAAGUUGGAAAAGGUGAAGUAUUCUCAGCGGAGGAACCUCUCAAAUGCCCUGUAGACAAGUUGAUCGAUGGGGUCCAAUAUGUUGGUAGUCAUGAUGGAGAAGUGACCGAUUUAUCGAUGUGCCAAUGGAUGACCUCCCGUUUAGUUUCUGCUUCAGUGGAUGGCUCGAUAAAGAUUUGGGAAGACCGCAAGAUGCAACCAAUUGCAGUACUGAGGCCACAUGACGGCCAACCUGUCAAUUCUGCUACAUUCUUGACUGCCCCUCACCGCCCAGAUCACAUCAUACUUAUCACAGGGGGUCCACUGAAUCGGGAAGUGAAGAUCUGGACAUCAGCAAGUGAAGAAGGCUGGCUGCUUCCUAGUGAUGCUGAAUCUUGGCUAUGUACCCAGAAAAUGGAAUUGAAGAGCUCCGCUGAAGAUCAAGUCGAAGAGGCAUUCUUUAAUCAAGUUGUGGCCUUGUCUCAAGCAGGUCUGCUCUUACUAGCAAAUGCGAAGAAGAAUGCCAUAUAUGCAGUACAUUUAGAAUAUGGUCCUAAUCCAGCCACUACCCGUAUGGAUUACAUAGCAGAGUUCACUGUCACUAUGCCAAUCUUGAGUUUUACGGGGACGGGUGAUUUAUUACCCAAUGGUGAACAAAUUGUUCAGGUUUAUUGUGUCCAGACGCAGGCUAUUCAACAAUAUGCUUUGGACUUAUCCCAGUGCUUGCCACCCCCGUUGGAGAAUGUGGUUUGGGGGAAGUCAGACUCAACUGUUUCACACCUUGCCUCUGGUGCUGACGGAUUUGCUACUUCAGAGCCAUCUAGAAGUGAACCAACUGAGAUUCCUAUAUCUAGUUCAGCUCCUAAACCCUCUAUAUGUGAAAGUAAAUCUGGCAGUGCACCUACAGUGAGACAUCCUGUGAGCUCUACUUCUCUUGAGACGGCCACUUCACAAGAAUUUGCGUCUUUGAGCAUGGAGUCUAAAACUGUUUCUUCGCCAGUGGUAAUCAGUGAUACUGAUAUAUCUUAUGUUGCCUCGCCUCCUCCUCCUUUGAGUCCAAGGUUGUCUAGAAAGCUUUCUGGUUUUAGAAGUCCAUCAAACAACUUUGAGCCAGGUUCCCCACUCUAUGAUCGUGGCAGAGAUCAGAAAACAGUCGAGCUUUCAGUUGACAGACAAAUGCAUACUGUUCACACAAACAUGUCUGAGGUUCAAGGAGAUGAUUCCAUGAGCGACGAAAACAAGGUUUCAAAAGAUGAUAUUUCCACUGUUCUCAAUCAACCGAUUAAAUUUAAGCACCCCACUCAUUUAGUGACUCCUUCUGAGAUAUUAAUGUCCAAUUCGUCCUCUGAUAUGAACAAUGUUGUUGAGCAGAAGAGUGAGAGUGAGCCAAAUAUUCAGGAUGUGACAAUUAAUAACGACCCGCAAAAUGUUGAGGUGGAAGUUAAAGUUGUUGAUGAAAAAGAAAUUAGCCAGAGUAAUGAUCUUGGUUCUCAGGGAGAACUUCACAGUCUUGUUUCAGAAAAUAAGGAGAAAUCCUUUUGCUCUCAGGCAUCGGAUCUUAGUAUUGAGAUGGCUAGGGAGUGCUAUGCUUUACCAGAUGAAACUUAUGUUGAGGAAGAAUCUAGGCAGCUUGAUGGGGCUAGCAGGAGUGAAGAAGUUGACCAAUCUUUGGGUGCUGAGUAUGAUGUCCUUGACUCUGCAAAGGAUGUAUCGGGAAAGGUUAUAGAGUCAGUUACGCCUGCCACAGUUCCACAACUGCCAGCACCAAUAACAAAAGGGAAAAAACAGAAGGGGAAGAAUAGUCAAGGAUCAGGUCCAUCUUUACCAUCACCCAGUGUUUUCAAUUCAUCAGAUUCUUCCAAUGAAAUGGGUGUUAUCCCUAGUAUUCCCUCUGUGGAAGCUGCUUUUUCACAAAUUCUGUCUAUGCAGGAGACACUUAAUCAGCUUGCAACCAUGCAAAAGGAAAUGCAGAAGCAGAUGGCGAUGAUGGUUGCAGUCCCAGUUACCAAAGAAGGCAGAAGACUUGAGGCAGCUUUAGGGCGGAGCAUGGAGAAGGCCACCAAGGCUAAUAAUGAUGCUCUGUGGGCCCGUUUCCAAGAAGAUAAUGCAAAACAGGAGAAGUUAGUACGGGAACGCACACAGCAUAUAACAAAUCUGAUUACUAACUAUCUCAACAAGGACUUGCCAGUAAUGUUGGAGAAGACUGUGAAGAAGGAGUUAGCUACGGUUGGACCAUCUGUGGCCCGCACAGUUACUCCAACUAUUGAAAAGACAUUAUCUACAGCUAUUGCAGAUGCCUUCCAGAGAGGAGUUGGUGAUAAGGCAGUGAAUCAACUGGAGAAGUCGGUUAAUACUAAACUUGAAGCUACUGUUGGAAGACAAAUUCAAGCACAAUUUCAAACUUCUGGCAAGCAAGCUCUUCAGGAAACGUUGAAAUCCAGUUUGGAAGCUUCGGUGAUCCCUGCCUUUGAGAUGUCAUGCAAAGUUUUGUUUGAGCAAGUUGAUGCUACAUUUCAGAAAGGAAUGGUUGACCACAGAAGUGCAGCUCAGCAGCAAUUCGACUCUGCACAUUCAUCAUUGGCUCUUGCUUUAAGAGAUGCCAUCAAUUCAGCAUCAACUAUGACGCAAACUCUAAGUGGUGAAUUGGCUGAUGGUCAAAGAAACUUGUUAGCCCUUGCAUUUGCCGGGGCAAAUGCAAAAGCAGUAAAUCCGUUGGCUAGCCAGCUGAGCAAUGGAGCUUUGGGUGGUCUUCAUGAGAAGAAUGAGCCCCCUUUGGAUCCAACUAAGGAGCUAUCUAGAUUGGUAUCUGAAUGCAAAUAUGACGAGGCUUUCACUGCCGCUUUGCAAAGAAGUGAUGUUUCCAUUGUAUCCUGGUUAUGCUCUCAGGUUGAUUUACCGAGAAUCUUGUCUAUGAAUCCCCUACCUUUGAGCCAAGGAGUACUGCUAUCACUUUUACAGCAGCUGGCUUGUGACACCAGCAAGGAUACUCCCCAAAAACUGUCCUGGAUGAGGGACAUAGUAAUUGCCAUAAACCCAGCUGAUCCAAUGAUAGCAAUGCAUGUGCGUCCCAUCUUUGAACAAGUCUAUCAGAUACUAAACCAUCAUCGUAGCCUUCCUACUACUACUAGUGGCGAGGUAUCAAGUAUCCGUGUUGUCAUGCACAUUAUCAACUCCAUGCUGAUGACUUGUAAAUGAUUCCUUUUCGAUAAGAGAGAUAAGACAUGAAUAGGGUAUGCCAACAAACUAGAAAGGUUUGUACAAAGGUGUAGUAAUUUGUUGGAAGGAUACUAAAUUUGUAGAUUCAAACUUUCUUGUAAUUCUUCAUCUUUUUUCUCCUUUUUUUUUACCCCCCGAGGUUCAAGUCUGUGAAAUAGUUGGGCUGGGGAUUUGAGUUUUUCAAUUUAGUAUUUGUUUGAAGUUUUUGGUGGACGAGUUAAUGUUUUCUCCAGGUUUAUGACAGAACUAUGUAUUCUUCUCAUUUUUUGCUUUUUCUGUUGUUGUCACUUGUAGAAUAUGAGGUUCAAUUCUUUGUUGACUGUUGGCAUGUCCGCCCACAGUAUUAUUUUUUUUGUGCAGUACGACCAGAGAGAGUGGG